AAGUGGAGAUGGUUAACCGGUUAACCAUCUUUAUUGUGCAGAAUGUAGAACGUAAUCUACGUCGCCAAAAUAGCAGCAAAUGAAUUAAAAUGAAACAUAUCUCAAUAAGCCUGGAUUCUCAAAAGUUUAUAAAAAUUCAAUUAAAAGCCAAAUAAAUAUUUUACACAUAUAUAUUUUAGAAACUUUGCGCAAAUAAAUUGAUAUUGAUAUGUUCCGAAUCUGCAUUAGGAAGAUUUUAGGUUCAAAAUCCAAGAUAUGUAUGCGAACAUUUUCUAAUUUAACAAAAGUUCAAUUUAAAAGUGGAGUGAGCGAAAUAAAGCUGUGCGACCUGAAAUCUCGUAACUCAUUGUCGAUAGCGAUGAUGCAAAAUUUAAUCAAUAACAUAACUGAACAUCAAAAUAAUGAAAUUGUUAGAGCUAUCGUUAUAUCCGCGGAAGGUCCGGUAUUUUCAGCGGGCCAUAACUUGAAGGAACUGGCCAAGGGUCGUGAAACUCAAGAGAAUGUCUUUAAGUUAGCUUCUCAGUUGAUGUGUUCAUUAAUCGACUGCCCUGUUCCAGUGAUAGCUAAAAUAGAUGGAAUGGCUGCCGCAGCUGGCUGUCAGCUAGUGGCGCAAUGUGACAUUGCAGUCUGCUCCGAAACAAGUGCAUUUUCAACUCCAGGUGCAAAUUUUGGUAUAUUCUGUUCAACACCCGGAGUAGCAUUGGCGAGAUGCGUCACAAAAAUGUCAGCUUUGUAUAUGUUACUCACUGGUUUACCAGUGAAAGCCAACGAGGCAAAAUCCAUAGGCUUAGUUUCCAAAGUGUGUCCUAGCAACCAAUUGGAUGAGGAAAUCAUGUUUAUUUGUGAUGCCAUCAAGUUGAAAAGUCGAAGUGUCAUCGAACUAGGCAAGAAGUUCUAUUACAAACAAAUUCGCGAAGACGUGAAAAAGGCAUAUACCCUUGGAGAACAGAAAAUGUUGGAAAAUUUAGAAUUAGACGACUCCAAAGAGGGUUUGAGGAGCUUUACUGAGAAAAGGAGGCCAAUAUGGAAUUAAGAUAUAAUUCAAUAUAGUUUUUAGGAUUCUUUUUUGUUUCAAAUAAAAACCAGUGUUUAUGAAGUUUUUUUUUAUUAGAAACAUAAAAUAUUUGCUUUUGUAAAUAUCAGUACUUAAUGCAAAACUUUGUAAGU